AUGGUAGUUCAAACAGAAUACCGGGAUUUGAAGUUGUUGCAGAAGCGCAAAUUAUUAAUAAUUGCUAUUGCUUAUAAGGGAAUCGACGAAGACAGCUUAAAGCGUUCAAUACUGAUAAUUAAACGUGGUUUUUUAUUAGCCAGUUUAUUAUCUGCAAUACUACAGGUUUAUGUCAUUCUUACAGCUAUACGAUCUAUUCGACGGCAUGCCAGUGAUCGUUAUAUGCAUAUUUUUCUGUUAAAUAUGACUGUUGCUGACCUCAUCCUAACAGGAUGGGGAUAUCCGAAGGAACUGUUGCUUUACUUUGUCGACAGAUCCAUAUUUCCAAAUGAAUUCAAAUUUUCAAUGCAUAUAUUCCUGUGGCUUGGUCUUUCUGUAUCAGCGCUAAGUCUAGUGUUACUGAACAUUGACAAGCUUAUUUAUUUCAAGUUUCCAUUAAAGUAUCCAAAGAUAAUCACUCAAGUUCGAGCACUGAUACUUGCAUUUUCCACUUGGAUUAUUAGCGGUAUAUUUAUUGCGAGUACAUUUUUGAUAGGAGCUUUUCAAUGUGCAACACUGUACGAUGUUAUUACGUUGGAUGACGGCAUAAAUCCAGAUGAUCGAAUUGCAUUGGCCAAAUCGUUGAAUCUGACAUUUGCUGCCGAUAUUUUAGAGGUUGAAAACAAGGGGAAUGGUAGUUAUCAAGUAAAAAUUCAGGAAUGUUUUGGAUUAGAAAUUUCGGAUAACGGUUUCAAAGGUCGAACGUUGUAUAUAUUAUUUGUGUUCGCCGUUUGUAUAAUUCCAGUGGUUUCAUCGUUAGCUGUAGCACUUUAUAUUCUCAAAGUUGUCCAAGCACAUCGGCGACAUAUUGCUGAAGGUGAAACUUUAAAUGACGUUACACUGAUUCACACAGUUGUUAUGGUUCAAUAA